UCCGUCCAAUCCUCAAUGCUAUAAAGUAUAAAGAAUCACUCUCCUUCCGUGUCUCUCAUUUUAUUCACUUAUAAUUCACCACAGGCAGAUAAGUUUAAUCUUCAAACAUGGCUACAGUCACUAACUCCGCAGCCGUUACCAUUCCAUCAUUCACGGGACUAAAGGCAACUGCAACAAAUGCCACCACCAAAGUUAGCGCCGGAGUUAAGGUGUCAGCAGCCCAGUUUCCAAGGCUUGGCGUGAAGGCAUCGCUCAAGGACGUUGGAGUAGCUGUUGUGGCCACCGCUGCCAGCGCAGUGCUAGCCAGCAACGCCAUGGCUAUUGAGGUCUUGCUCGGUGGUGAUGACGGGUCUCUGGCUUUUAUCCCAAAGGAUUUCUCAAUUACUGCUGGGGAGAAGAUCGUAUUCAAGAACAAUGCUGGUUUUCCACACAAUGUUGUGUUCGAUGAGGACGAGAUUCCCAGCGGAGUGGACGCAUCAAAAAUCUCAAUGUCUGAAGAAGACUUACUCAAUGCACCUGGUGAGGUUUAUAGCGUUACUUUGAGUGAGAAAGGAACCUACUCUUUCUAUUGUUCCCCUCACCAAGGAGCUGGAAUGGUUGGAAAAGUCACCGUUAACUAGAUGCCUUCUUUAAGGGCCUUUUUAUCUUAUAGUUUUGUGUUAAUUUUGUCUAUGUAAAAGAGUUUAAUUAAUGGAUAUUGCUGUGAGAUGCUAUUGUAUGAGAUGAAA